CUACUAUAAAAUAGAGUACCAUUGGAGAAAACUUAAACUCUAUUAUAGAGUCACUCUAUUUUAGAGUAAAAAAUAGUGUAAACUAUUGGAGGUGGUCUUACUCUAUUUUAGUGUAAAUUAUAGAGGAGAAAAUAGAAUUCCCUUGGAGAUGCUCUUAAUGCGCUAUUAGAGACGGUGCUACUGAAUUGAUCGUUUUAAGUCUUGGGCCUCGGCCCAUUAACACAUGUGUUACCCUUUGAGUUGAGAGAAUACUAAGACCUAAGCCCAUUAAGAUAUCAGAUGCCAUUUUUUUCUGUAGGGAUGUUAAAUCCUCAUUUGUUAAAUAUAAGCCCAGUCUUAUUUUAAGCCAUCCCUAUUUUAAUCCUAUUUUAAUUAAAGGUUAGAGCUUGUACCAUGGUUAUCUCAUUUAAAUAAAAAAAUUAUUUUAUUCAUUUUUGUCUUUUAAGUUCUAAGCAUCAAAUUAGCAAAUCGAAGAUGUGAUAUGAUUAUCUUCUUCAAUUCGUUGAUCAUCAAAAUCAAGUUUUUUCUCAAAAACCGAAAAUUGAUUUUUUCGCAAAAAAUCACAAAUUUGAUUUAUUUUCAAAAUCAAGAAAAUUGAGUUUUCCCUCAAAAAUAAAAAAAAAAUUGAGUUUUUAGCCAAAACUAAAAAAUAGAGUUUUUUUGCCACAAUGCAAAAAUCUAGUUUUUCCACAAAAAUUGCAAAAUCGAGUUUUUUUUUGCCAAAACAAUAAAUUGAGUUUUCCCGCCAAAAUCGCAAAAAAAAAUAUUGAGUUUUCCGCCAAAAAAGCAAAAUCAAAAUUUUCCACAAAAACCGCAAAAUUAGUGUUUUCCCGCGAAAACCACAAAAUCAAGUUUUCCGCUAAAACCGAAAGUCAAGUUUUGCGGUUCUGGUGGAAAAUUCGAUUUUACAAUUUUGGCGGAAAAACUCGGUUUUGCGGUUUUGUGAUUUUUGGGGAAAAACUCGUUUUACAGUUUUGGCGGAAAAACUCGAUUUUAUGAAAACUAUUUGACCAUAUAAUUAUUUCAAUAAACAUAGAUCCAAGUUUCUAUUAGUUACAAUUUUUUUAUUUAGUGAAAUAUUACUCCAUAUGUUUCAUAUUAAAUGUAAUUUUGUUUUUUUUUAAUGUUUCCAUUAUAAAUGUCGUUAUACAUUUUCAUACAUAUUUAAAAUAAAUUUUUAAUUUGCUCUCAUUUUUGGUUCAUUAGUCAAUAAAUUCAAACAAAGUAUACUAUUUUGUAAGAGCAAAACCAAAAAUUACUAAGUUUCUUAAUUUGUAUGCAAAAAUUUUAAACACACAUGAAACAUAGUGAUUAUUUAAUUAACAAUCAAUGCCUGAAACAUAAAAAUCAAUUUAAAAAUGUUACUCUUAGAGCUAUCUAAAUUGAUAAAAAACAUUAUGUUGUUGCAAAACAACUAAAAAUGUUAUUUUUAAUUAAUACAAAUCAAUAACAUUCAAAACCACUUGAUUGCUAUAUAUAGAAUUAUAGAUACACUUAUAAAUCAUGGUAAUAGGAAAAAAAAACAAAACAAUUCAAAGAAGAAGUUAAAAAGUAAUCAUACAGAAUGGAGACUAAGACAAUUUUCAUGGCAUUUUUCUUUAUCAUCACUUUGGUAUCAUCUGCGUAUCCAAAUUUAGGCCAAGAAGAUAUUGACAAUGAACCACUGGUCAAUCCCGGUCGCGAGUUUGAUACAUUAGAUGCGAUAUCGCCGGCUUCACAAGAUUACAAUAAUUAUAUGCUAGAGAACCUCCCAUCAAAAUACAUAACGUAUCUCGAAACUUGCGGGAAAAAUAUGGGGCCUAGUGGUACUGUGAAAUGUAAUGUAGAUGUUCUUAAAGAGAUUCUUACGAAUAAACCCAUUUCCAGAGAAUGUUGCCAAAAGGUAGUAAAAGCUGGAAAAGAAUGCUACAUGGAGAUUAGAAAGCUUAUGUUUCGAUUGUAUCAACUCAAACACUUUGCUUCUAAAGUUUCUUUCAAAAUCAACAAGGUUUGGAAUAGAUGUUCUGCUGAAGUUGAAAGUCCUCCAUCAUCUCAUGAUGACACGAAUGAGUUAUCUUGAUUGAACAUUUGUUAUAUUAUAUGAUGUAUUUUGAAAUAAUGGUUUGUUAUACUGUUUUAUCUAUAUAAAUUGAAAUCAAAGUUUCAUCAGAAUAUUCGUUCUCCUAAUUUUAAUCAUGGGUCAUCCUAGCAAGUGUUUGUUUAGCAUAGUUUUGAGUUUAUCAAAUAUAAAAUCUAAUUGCACAUGAAUCUUGUUAAACAAGAAUAUAUAUUUCUUUCUUUGUUCCUCAAAUAAAUUAUGUUGUUUGAGAAUCAAGUAGAUUUAUAAGAACAAAUAAUAAGUGAGAGAACGAUAUAGAAAAAAAACCAAUAGGUAACUCUCAUUUUUCUUCAAAACAAAAGCUAAUCUCAUUUUUAUGAUCCUAGCUAGGAUCUAAUUUGAAAAGUCUUGAUAACGAUUUGUGAACUAAUUAUGUAAGAUCUUUUACAAUGUUUUUCCACAAAACAUAUAACCUCUUUGUAUUUUUAGGUCAUCUUAGAUGAGAUGAUCACUAUUUUGAUGCCAUCGUAUGUUCUCCAAUUCGUUGAUCAUCAAAACUAAGUUUUUUUUUCAAAACCUGAAAAUUGUUUUUUUCGCAAAAAAUCACAAAUUUGAGUUUAUUGUCCAAAUCAAGAAAAUUGAGUUUUCCCUCAAAAGAAAAAAAAAGUUUUUUCGCCAAAACUAAAAAAAUAGAGUUUUUUUGCCAAAAAUGCAAAAAUCUAGUUUUUUCACAAAAAUUGCAAAAUCGAGUUUUUUUUGUCAAAACCGUAAAUUGAGUUUUUCAGCUAAAAUCGCAAAAAAAAUUGAGUUUUCCGUUAAAACCGAAAGUCAAGUUUUGCGGUUUUGGCGGAAAACUCGAUUUUGCGGUUUUGGAGGAAAAACUCGGUUUUGCAGUUUUGGUAGAAAAAAUUGGUUCUGUGAAUUUUGGGGAAAUACUCGUUUUUACAGUUUUGGCGGAAAAACUCGAUUUUGUGAAAACUAUUUGACCAUGUAAUUAUUUCAAUAAACAUAUAUCCAAGUUUCCAUUAGUUAAUUUUUUUUUAAUUUAGUGAAAUAUUACUCCCUAUGUUAUCAGAUAUAAUGUAAUUUUGUUUUUUUUUUCAUUAUAAAUGUCGUUAUACAUUUUCAUACAUAUUUAAAAUAAAAUUUUAAUUUGCUCUCAUUUUUGGUUCAUUAGUCAAUAAAUUCAAACAAAGUAUGCUAUUUUGUAAGAAUAAAACCAAAAAUUACUAAUUUUCUUAGUUUGUAUGCAAAAAAAUUUAAACACACAUGAAACAUAGUGAGUAUUUAAUUAACAAUCAAUUCCUGAAACAUAGAAAUCACUUUAAAAAUGUUACUCUUAGAGCUAACUAAAUUAAUAAAGAAAUUAUGUUUUCGCAAAACAACUAAAAAUGUUAUUUCAUUAAUUAAUACAAAAUACCAUCAAUAACAUUCAAAACCACUUGACUACUAUAUAUAUACACUUAUAAAUCAUGGUAAUUGUGAAAAAAAAAACAAAACAAUUCAAAGAAGAAAUUAAAAAUUAAUCAUAAAGAAUGGAUACUAA